AAUUGACAACAGCCAUUUUGUACAACAGAUGGCAGUCUUGAGUCUGGACUUGUAUAUUAACAGCUAAACCAUCCUACGUUAUAUAUGUUAUACAUCUGAUUUGUGGAUAUUAAACAAAAGUUCUGAUCAAAAGCACUCCUGAUUUAUCGUGAUUUGAGGUAAAAAAAAAUGGCUCGAGUUACCGGCGUUGCUUUCCUCUUCAUCUUGACAAUUAUUCAAAGGGUGAAUGCAAUCGCAAAUCCCUGCAAGGACAAAGCGGUGUUUGAUGGCUGUGGAGACGGACGUCUUUGUUUGUGUGCAGAUGAGAAUAUAUACCAUGUUUUAAAUGAGGGAGAAUUUCCAUGCAACAAUUUAGUCUGCAGAGAUGCUCGUUGCCAUUUCUUCACGGGUGUACCUGGUCAACCCAAAAGGGUGGAAGGUGCAAUCGUUCUUUGCAGCACUGAUGCAGAAUGUGGAAAUAAUUUCAUGUGCGUAAAUUGGGGAUAUUGCUGUCGCAGGCCAAAAUUCGACUAAUUAUCAUUUUGAAAAGCAACUUUUCCUCUGCAUGACCAAUGAACUGACUGACUGAAUGCAAAAUAAAACAAUGAACAAGCAGAAUAAAAUAAAUAAUACACAAGCAU